AUGGCCUUGCCGCCCGCCCUUGUAGCGGCCCCGUCGCCGCCCUUCCGCGGCCCCGACGCCGCCCUUCCGCGGCCCCGACGCCGCCCUUCCGCAGCCUCGCCGCCCGCCCUUGCAGCGGCCCCGUCGCCGCCCUUCCGCGGCCCCAACGCCGCCCUUCCGCGGCCCUGUCGCCGCCCUCCAGCGGCCCCGUUGCCACCCUUCCGCAGCCCCGUCGCCGCCCUUCCGCGGCCCCGUCGCCGCCCUUUAGCGGCCCGUCGCCGCCCUUUCAGCGGCCACGUCGCCGUCCUUCCGUGGCCUCGUUCCCGCUCAGCCGCUAAGCGCCCGAGCCGCCGAGCAGCCCAGCAGCCGAGCCGCCCAGCCGCCGAGCAGCCAAGCCGCCGAGCAGCUAAGCCGCCGAGUAGCCGAGCCACCGAGCAGCCGAGCCGCCCUGCAGCCGAGCCGCCCGACCGCCGAGCCGCCCGACCGCCGAGCCGCCCAGCAGCCGAGCCGCCGAGCCGCCGAGUCGCACCGCAGCCGAGGCGCUGCCGCCUGUCGGCCUGCCCGGGAACGCCCCACUUGCCUGCUGACUUUGAGGUCUGGGUAGAUGAUCUGCAGCUUUUCCUACAGUGCGAUAGGGCAGACGGUCUCUCCCUAUUUGACCUCACUUCUGGUGCCUCUCCUGCCCCUGCUGCUGAUGCUGACGCCACUGUUCGCUCACAGUGGGCCGCGCGUGAUGCUGCUGCUCGCCUUGCUGUGCGCCGCCACUUACCGACCACUGAGCGUGCACACUUUAGCCAGGGUGUUCUCCCUCCCCCCUCUUGCCCUCUGUCGCCUCUGCUGCUGCGGCCGACCUCGUUGGUUUCAAGUCGGUCGGCGCUGCGUCUGCCCCGAGCGGGAGACGCCGCACCGGCAAGGGCAAGGGGGGCAAGGGCGCUGGGGGGGCUGGCGGGGGCGGUGGAGGUGGUGGUGGAGGCAGUGGAGGGAGUGGUGGUGGUGGUGGGAGUGGUGCCGGGGGUGGCGGCGGCGGCGGCAGCAGUGGAGGCGGCGGAAGCGGCGGUGGUGGCGGAGGGAGCAGAGGCGGAGGAGGUGGCGGAGGAGGCAGAGGUGGAGGAGGCGGCGGAGGCGGUGGCGGCGGCGCCGGCGGUGGUGCAGCGGGUCGCGGCUCUGCGCAGAGGAGUGGCUCAGGUGGUGGUCCGCGCCAACAGCAGCAGAGUGGUGUGA